CAUAAGGGCGGAACAGACAGGUGGCAAGCAUACGGACAACAAGACGCGGUUAGACGAGCAGGAAGGACAAGCGCUGAGCCCACAGAGGUCAGCCAGAACGUCAGGCCAACAGAGAUGGCGUCCAGGUCGUUGGGGAUGGGUAUUGCUGUGUUAGCCGUACUGAUCCUUGGGCAAAUUACAAUAAACACUGAGGCGACUACAACGACAGAUUCAGUCACGUUAACAAACAUGACAACUACAACAGAGGAGUCGUCAACUGUCCAGACAGCCCCAGGGGAGAACACGACAGUUUCUGGUAAUAGUUCAGUGAGCGGAACGACUGAUUCAGUCACUGUAACAAACAUGGCAACUACCACAGAGAAGUCGCCAACUGUCCAGACAGCCCCAGGGGAGAACACGACAGUUUCAAAUGAUAGUUCAGUGAGCGGAACGACUGAUUCAGUCACUGUAACAAACAUGGCAACUACCACAGAGGAGUCGCCAACUGUCCAGACAAAUCAAGGGGAGAACACGACAGUUUCUGGUAAUAGUUCAGUGAGCGGAACGACUGAUUCAGUCACUGUAACAAACAUGGCAACUACCACAGAGGAGUCGCCAACUGUCCAGACAGCCCCAGGGGAGAACACGACAGUUUCUGGUAAUAGUUCAGUGAGCGGAACGACUGAUUCAGUCACUGUAACAAACAUGGCAACUACCACAGAGGAGUCGCCAACUAUCCAGACAAAUCAAGGGGAGAACACGACAGUUUCUGGUGAUAGUUCAGUGAGCGGAACGACUGAUUCAGUCACUGUAACAAACAUGGCAACUACCACAGAGGAGUCGCCAACUGUCCAGACAGCCCCAGGGGAGAACACGACAGUUUCAAAUGAUAGUUCAGUGAGCGGAACGACUGAUUCAGUCACUGUAACAAACAUGGCAACUACCACAGAGGAGUCGCCAACUGUCCAGACAAAUCAAGGGGAGAACACGACAGUUUCUGGUGAUAGUUCAGUGAGCGGAACGACUGAUUCAGUCACUGUAACAAACAUGGCAACUACCACAGAGGAGUCGCCAACUAUCCAGACAGCCCCAGGGGAGAACACGACAGUUUCAAAUGAUAGUUCAGUGAGCGGAACGACUGAUUCAGUCACUGUAACAAACAUGGCAACUACCACAGAGGAGUCGCCAACUGUCCAGACAAAUCAAGGGGAGAACACGACAGUUUCUGGUAAUAGUUCAGUGAGCGGAACGACUGAUUCAGUCACUGUAACAAACAUGGCAACUACAACAGAGGCGCCGCCAACUGUCCAGACAGCCCCAGAUUCAGUCACUGUAACAAACACGACAGCUACAACAACUGUCCAGACAACCCCUGCCGCUCUGAUAUCUGAAGCCCUCUUUGAUUACGGAUUUGAGAAAGGGGACAGUGCUUUCUAUGGCGAUGAUAUCUUGCGCUAUAUUUACAUGAGUCGAGGAUUCCCCACGGACUCCAGUCGGGAAUUCUACCUUUACAUUUCCACAAAUGGGUACAUUGUUUUCGGACGUUACUACAACAGCUUCCAUCCGAGGCGACUCCCUCAGUCUGAUUUGAAAAUUGUGGCGCCAUUCUGGGCAGACGCAACAACGUACUACUACAACUAUUACAGUUCGUACUACAGCUACUACAACGCAAAUGACGCGAGGAUAUAUUACCAAGUUUACACCAAUGGAAAGGGACAAUUCGGCGAUGACGCAAAAGGGCUGUUUCAGAAAGUCAAUGAUAUGAUAUCUGAAAAGAAACACGUUAGCCCCUUCAAGGCCAGGUGGAUUUUAAAAGCAACGUGGCACAAUGUCUUGCCACACGGUGGACAGGAGACCAACACGUUCCAGUGUAUACUGGCCACGGACUACCAGCGUUCCUUCACCAUCUACCUGUAUGACAAGGGAAACAUGAGAUGGUCCAAAACAAGCUUAUCCAACGCCCCCGGAAUUGGCUUCCAAAUGAGCAGCGACAAAUACUUCAACUCCCCCUAUUUCAAACGCCUGGAAGCCAUGAGGAUUGACGGCAUCAAAGAAACGUCGGUAGGUUAACUCACGAUAACACGCCUAAUACUGUCUUAGAGUGAAGUGUAGGUCAGAUGAAGACGAUUAAACACUGCCCAUAAUAAUAGUUCGAGUUAUUUUUUAGAAUUUUUUCAACCUAGUAAAAUACAUUUGAAAGUUUGGAUUCUGCGGAGACCUUUUCUGACAAUACUGGGAUCAGUGACAUCACAUCAGGUUUUUCCCACUUGACACACUGCUAGAUUUCAUGAUAAUAAAUACAUACAGAUAUAGAUCUAUGAAUGCAUUCACCGACUGGACUUUGAGUCGAGCUAUUUCAAGCAAAAAUUAUGGAUGGGACGUCUUUGAUACCGUCAAGGUUACUACAGAUCACAGUAGAAUCCAUUUUAAAACUAUUUUAUUCGGUUGGAAAAGAUCUAAAAAAAUAAAUUUAACUCUUUCCUUGGACAGUGUUUAAUGGUCCUUCAUCUGACAUAUACUGCAUUUUAGUGGUUCACUUUCCUUGGAGCGCUUUUCCCAAACCCUGUUGAACAACACAUACUUGUGACAUCUUUAUUUUACGCAAACUUGUUGUCAUCUUAAACUAUAGCGCAAUAAUAUUGCUUUUCAUUACAUAUACUCAUAUUUUUCAUGUCGAUUGAUGCCAUUAGAAGGGAACUAUGCCAGCAUUGUGUUACGACCCAAACUGCCUGUAUUAUAAAGAGAUUUCUUGUUCGAGAUACACGACAGUUUAGCCGCACAAAAAAGUAACCAAAACCAGCAGAUUUUAUUUUUCAACAAUUUAUUAGGUUUAACAAGAACAGAUAACAAGACUUAUACAAAUACUAAAGUACUUAAGUUUAACAAGAAAGGAUAGCAGUAUCUAUACAAAUACUAAAAUGCUUACAUGUACAACGGUGUUAAGUCCAAACGGACGCACAAACUCCACAAUGCUUAAAAAUGCACAGAGGCAAUAUUCACAAGAGGGAAAAUCCACAGUAUAACUCAGUGUUUGACGAAAUAUACACAAAAUUCCACAGAAAGGGUCCGUGUACUAAUAAGCACUGUGUAUACAAGAGCACAAAUUAAAUAUACAAGUUCAGACUGAACAAGUGCUCGGUGGAGAUAUGAUAUAACAAAGCCAGAGGCUAUAAAUACACCAAAAUUCAGCACAAAAGGCCUACUAAAGUAACACACAGCGAAAGCAUCCGAAACUCUCAAUACUUCUCCUUUCUCCUCCUUUGACCUGCUUUCAUACGUCUUAUAUAGACUGGUGGAAUUUUCUAGAAUAAGAAAAAUCUUGAAAAAUGUUGUAAACAAACAGGCCCCGAACUGAGCGUAUUCUGGAAUAUUCUAAGACAGCAGGCCCUGAACUCAGCAUAUGUAAACAGUGGCAAGCUAAAUUUAGAAACUGACGGCAGCUGUCCACAUAACAAUUGUGACCUAUUUUCAAAUACAUUAAAAGACUCUUAAAAUAUUGAAUAUUUUUUCGACAAUACCUCUUCAUCUUACUUAGCCCUUUUCUUAAGAAGUCAAUAUUUUGACAAUCUUCCAACUCAUUAAUUGUGGUGCAUGUUGCAAAUCUCCCUGGUUUCUGUUUGUUUUUUCUUGUCUCCCUAGGUAAAGCGGGCUUGUGGAUUUUCCAGCUAGAUGACAACCGUG